UAUUGCGUUGAAACCUUCCCUACCCUCUUCUCUUGUUCAUUUUUUUUUUAAACCAAAAAAACCCCCAAAUCUUUUAAAAAAAAACUUCCCCCAAAUUUGGUAUGUGUGGCUAGGGUUUGAACCCCGACCCGCCAAAACCCUAGCUACCGUCCUUUUCUCCGGCAUUGCAUCUGCAUGAAUCCGGUCUUGAGUCGGAGCUCCGUUGCUGACUUUGCUACUACUUCGAAUCUCCACCUCGUCUCUGCCGAUGGCGUCGAAAGCUUCGCUUUCGGCUUCGGCCGGUAGAUCAGAGCCUCCGGUACAGGUAAUAAUACAGGAAGAAACAAUACCAAAUCUUAAGGAGUUAUCACUGGCUAUAGAUUCUCUAAAGAAGCAAGUUGUAUCUAACCGUUGUUUUUCCAUACAGAAAAGAAUGGAAGAAAACAAAAAGAAAUUAGUUGGUGUUACAAGCUAUAUGUAUAAAUUGUCAACAGAAAGAUCAGGCCAGUUUGUUGAUGCUUGUAAAAGUGUAGAUUUGUUAUCAUUGAGGCAGAAAGAUGCAUUUGAUAUGCAAAACGGUACAGAUGUAGGUAAUGGCAACAAGGAUAAUCUUGAAGAAAACGGUCAUGCAUCUACAGCUGUUCUUCUAGGAAUUAACGUUGCAGCCAAGAAUGCUGUUCGCCCUAUCAAGCUAUUAGAAAUAAAGAGAUUACCUCCUUAUACUACAUGGAUAUUUUUGGAUAGAAAUCAAAGAAUGACUGAGGAUCAGUCAGUACUUGGUCGACGGAGAAUUUAUUAUGAUCAAAAUGGAGGUGAAGCUCUAAUAUGCAGUGACAGCGAGGAGGAAGCAGUCGACGAUGAAGAGGAGAAGAGAGAUUUUGUAGAAUCUGAAGACUAUCUUAUUUGCUCGACUAUCAAAGAAGUUGGUCUCUCAGAUACUGUACUGGAGUCACUUGCCCAAUGUUUUUCUAGAAGCCCAAGUGAAGUCAAGGCAAGAUAUGAAAAUCUUAUUAAGGAAGAGAAAGCUGUGGACGGAAGUAAGAUUGGUGACAUUGAAGAAUGUUUGCAAAUUGGAAAUUCUUUUCUUGAUAAAGAUCUUGAUGCGGCUUUGGAUUCAUUUGAUAAUUUGUUUUGUCGACGAUGUCUUGUGUUUGAUUGCAGAUUACAUGGAUGUUCCCAGGAUCUUGUCUUCCCUGCUGAAAAACAAUCUUCAUGGUGCCCUCCCGAUGAUGAAAAUGCAACAUGUGGUCCACAUUGCUAUCGAUCAGCACUGAAGUCAGAAAGAAUUGCCAGAGUCAGCUCUCCAAUGAAUGGUGAUUUUGUUGAGAAGACAGUCACAAGAUCUGAUGGUGCCAGUGCUCAGAUAUCAUCUGGAAAGAAAUCUUCUGGGCUGUCUGCUAGAAAAAGGACCAAGUCCUAUCAAAGUGAAAGUGCUUCAUCAAACGCAAAGAACAUCUCAGAAAGCAGUGACUCUGACAUUGGACCCAGAAAUUCUAGUGUCCAUCUUACAUCACCCUCUAAGACCAAGGUUGCAGGAAAGUGUGGAAUUCGCAAGAGGAACAGCAAACGAGUUGCUGAGCGGGUCCUGGCAUGCAUGCAAAAAAGACAGAAGAAAAUGGUAGCACCUGAUUCUGAUUCUAUUGUUAAUGGUAGUCUUAUCCCUACUGAUAUGAAACUUAGAUCUAAUUCUUGUAAAGAAAAUGAAGAUACUAGCUCUUCUUCACAUAAGAAUGUGAAAUCUCCUACCACUGGAAGGCCUAGACGGAAGGGUUCGCCAAGGAAGGAAAUUCACAGGGAAAUUCGGGGUGAGGUUCCCGAUGGUUCAUCCAAUGAGAUGAUUACUGAUCCACCUGUUACUAGUUGUGAUGACAAUUUAAGGAAAGAAGAAUUUGUAGAUGAAAACAUAUGUAAACAAGAAUCAACUGAUGAUAAAUCUUGGAAAACUAUAGAGAAAGGCCUUUUUGAGAAAGGCACUGAGAUCUUUGGCCGGAACAGUUGUUUGAUUGCACGGAACCUUAUGAGUGGCAUGAAGACUUGUUGGGAGGUUUUUCAGCACAUGAAUCACUUUGAUGCUAAGAUGUCUGGGCAGGCUGGUGAUGCCGCAAACUCUCUUGUCGAAGGCUAUUCCAAGGGUAAUAAUGAAGCUAGAAGAAGGUCAAGAUUUUUACGUAGGCGGGGUAGAGUUCGUCGUUUAAAGUAUACUUGGAAGUCUGCUGCUUAUCAUUCAAUCAGAAAACGAAUUACUGAGAGAAAAGAUCAGCCAUGCAGGCAAUAUAAUCCAUGCAAUUGCCAAACAGCUUGUGGGAAGCAGUGCUCUUGUCUUCUUAAUGGGACUUGCUGUGAAAAAUACUGUGGAUGUCCUAAGAGCUGCAAAAAUCGAUUUAGAGGCUGCCAUUGUGCUAAAAGUCAAUGUCGAAGUCGCCAGUGCCCAUGCUUUGCUGCAGACAGGGAAUGCGAUCCAGAUGUUUGUAGGAAUUGUUGGGUCAGUUGUGGUGAUGGUUCUCUUGGUAUUCCCAAUCAAAGAGGUGACAAUUAUGAAUGUAGAAAUAUGAAGCUGCUUCUGAAGCAACAGCAGAGGGUUUUACUUGGACGAUCUGAUGUCUCUGGUUGGGGAGCUUUCUUAAAGAAUAGUGUUGGUAAACACGAAUACCUUGGUGAGUACACUGGAGAGUUGAUAUCACACCGGGAAGCAGAUAAGCGUGGCAAGAUAUAUGACCGUGAAAAUUCAUCAUUUCUCUUCAAUUUGAACGAUCAGUUUGUUCUUGAUGCUUAUCGAAAGGGUGACAAAUUGAAGUUUGCCAACCAUUCUCCAGAUCCAAAUUGCUAUGCAAAGGUCAUUAUGGUUGCCGGUGAUCACAGAGUGGGCAUAUUUGCCAAGGAAAGAAUCAGUGCAGGGGAGGAACUCUUUUACGACUACCGUUAUGAGCCAGACAGGGCUCCCGCUUGGGCUCGGAAGCCGGAAGCAUCUGGUUCUAAAAAAGACGACGGCGGCCCCUCAAGUGGUCGAGCUAAGAAGCUGGCGUAAUAUACGAAGAUGAUUUAUUUCAAUCUUUGGAUUCACAUUUUUUUUUGUUCUUUCUUUUUUGGCUAUUCUUUUUUACAGGUAGCAGAGUCAUUCUCAUUGACUUAGAAGGCGCAUUCUUCAUAAUAUUGUGAUGGGAGAAAGAGAGAGAUUGGCCAUUGCUUCUCUCAAUUAGAGAAAAUUGAAUUUUUUGUACGAUUCAUGUUUCCUUCAAAGCCAAUUGUAUUUGCUAACUUCACAUGUUAAGUCAUCACUUUAAUGAAACAUUUUCUAACCAAAAUUAUCCUUCAAGAGACA